UGAACACACGUACAAACACUCCUCCAGGACGCACGGAGGACGCGCGUAAAAGCAACCGAGCCGCUUCAUUCCAACAGUGACAGACACAGUUAAACUCCUGCAGGGAGUUCCGCAGUAAAGUUUGGACUUGAAUUCGUCUUCUAGUUGCGAUUCUUUUGUUUUGACCCUCAGGUACAUCAGGCGGCGAGAGGAGGAGGUUUUGUUUUUAUUCUCUCCAGCGAACCGGUGGUGUGUUUCCUAGGAUGCUCGGAUAUCGCCGGAGUGUUUCCUCCACGCUUUGGAUACAUAAUGUGAGGAUUUGUGUCGGAAUAAACAAGGACGCCGCGUAAAGGAAACUCCGGAUCUCCCCAGUGUCACCAGUGAAGCUCGUUUCUGUCCCCCCCUCAAGUGCGGAAUGGGGCCGUCAACUGCGCUGCUCCUCGUUGCUUUUUUGGGCUGGGCUGGAGGUUCCUCUCUUCACUACUCAGACGGUCGGUCCAGCCGCCUCUCCAUGGAGAAAACUUUCGGCCGGUUGGUCAAAGACUCCCAGUGCCAUCACAUGUUGAAGCACCUUCACAAUGGAGCCCGAAUCACUGUGCAGAUGCCUCCAAACGUUGAGGGUCACUGGGUGUCCACCAGCUGUGAGGUGAGAUCAGGCCCAGAGUUCCUGACGCGCUCCUACAGUUUCACCAACAGCACCUUCCAGGCUCACCAGUUCUAUUACGAGGACAAUCACUGCACCAAACCCACCUACACUCUGGUGAUUCGGGGUCGUCUGCGCUUACGCCAGGCCUCCUGGAUCAUCCGCGGCGGCACAGAGGCGGACUACCAUCUCCACCGUGUCCAGAUGGUUUGUCACACAGCCACCGUGGCCAAAGAAGUCAGCCAGAGGCUCAACCGCAGCUGCAGAGGGGCAGUGAAGGGCCCCUGGGAGCCCAAUGUGAUCUACGAGCUCUUGAGCGAGGAGGGCGCCUUUGACUGCUCCAAGGAGCUUAACUUUACCAUGCAUGAGCUGCAGCUGCUGAGGGUAGAGAAGCAGUACCUGCAUCACAACCUGGAUCAUCUGGUGGAGGAGCUGUUUCUAGGAGACAUCCACACCGAGCUGUCCCAGAGGCUGUACUACAAGCCGUCCAGCUACCAGACCGCCUUGCAAAACGCCAAGAACCAUGACCACGGCUGCAUCGCCUGUCGUAUCAUCUACCGCUCCGAUGAGUUCCACCCUCCCAUCCUGCCACCGCGGGCCGAUCUGACAGUCGGGCUGUACGGUCAGUGGGUGAGCCAGCGCUGCGAGGUUCGCCCUGAGGUCCUCUUCCUCACCCGUCACUUCAUCUUCCAUGACAACAACCACACCUGGGAGGGCCACUACUACCACUACUCUGACCCCGUCUGUAAACACCCCACCUUCACCAUCUACGCCCGCGGACGCUACAGCCGAGGCCUUCACUCCACCCGCGUCUUGGGCGGGACGGAGUUCGUCUUCAAAGUGAACCACAUGAGAGUAACUCCCAUGGACUUGGCCACCACCUCCCUCCUCAACGUCUUCAACGGUAACGAGUGCGGCGUGCAGGGGUCCUGGCAGGUCGGGGUGGAGCAGGACGUCACCAUAACCAACGGCUGCGUGGCACUGGGCAUCCGGCUCCCCCACACAGAGUACGAGCUUUUCCGCAUGGAGCAGGACGCCCACGGCCGCUACCUGCUCUACAACGGCCAGCGCCCCAGUGACGGCUCCAGCCCGGACCGGCCGGAGAAGCGGGCCACCUCUUACCAGAUGCCCCUGGUGCAGUGCUCAGCAAGCAGCCAGCCGUCCUACCACAACAGAGUGGACGGAGGCAACAGGCCUCAGCUGCACCACAAUGACUGCACGGGAUGGCACAGGGGCAGCCAGAAACACGUCACUGUGGCGCUCGUCGCAUUCGUCACGUCUCUGCUUCUCUGUUGGCAAAGCUAGAGAGCAGUUUGGGCUUUUUUCCUACGUAAGACGCAACAAGAGAGGAGUUUGGAUUACAAGACUGCUUGUUUAAAAACAGCAAAUCUAAACUUUUUAGUUGUCUGAUGUGAAAGAGGAUGAAAACUGGUGCCUCUGAUCCUCUGAACCUUUUUCCAGCUACCAAAGACUCGACACUGAUGCACCACAGAAACUGCACUUUAGAGUGGAACCAAAGACCAACCCGUCUGUUUUUUUUCCACAAAUAUAGUACAAAGAUGUCUAUAUAUCCACACCGACCUGAGAGUAUGUUUUAUACAGUGUAUUUACCUACAACUAUCAAGUCAUUUCUUGGUACUGCAAAAAGACAUGACUUGAUGAGUGGAAACUUUCUACAAUGAACUCUUGACAAGAAGCUCCCUGUCUGGAGGAGAGGUGCUUGUGGAUGGUCAGUGUUUACAGUAAAAGGGAACUACACUUCUUAUAUUAAAGCGUUUUCUUUAAAUAUUGCCUAACAGUACGGUGAACUUACAUCUUUUCCACGUUAAGAUCAUACUGGUAUCUUGGAUACAAUAAAACUCAUCUUCUGUGCACUCUAAGAGAGACAUUUUUAUUCCCUCACUGGUCAGAUAGCUGCAUCUUCACCGGCUAACACUUGACCUGGUUUCCAUUGGGGAUAUUUUUUUUAAAUGAUGUCUUGUUGGAUUGGGCUUAUAAACUAGCAGCUUUUCACCAUUUGAAGACUUCAGAUACACUGAAACCUGUAUUAAGACCGGGCAAUGAGGCUAAAUUAAAAAAAGAAAUUAUAUCUAUGAGAUUAGUUCCUGAUAAAUAUCAAAAUAGAAAUUCUCAGAUGAAUCCAGUGAACUCUGUUCCACUGCCUUUCUCUGUCACUCUUGAAUUUUAAAUCACAAUUUGCUUGGAAUCACUAAAUAAGUAGCAGAAUAACAUCAUAACAAUAUGAUUAUAUCGUCUCAACGUGAUUCCAAUACGUAUUUUACCCAAAAACUAUAUAAAUGUUACAUGCAAUUCAUUGUUGUAACUGUUAAAUUGGUUUUAAGAUUUAUCAAAAUAUGUAACUUUUGUGGGUGUUAACUGUCUUUUUUCUCAGUUAAUUGAAUAUAGGGAUGUACAACACGUUUUUAAUAACCAAAUAUUUACAUUUGUCUAUUUGCCAAUUACAAGUACUUAAUACCGUUACAGCUCUAACAAUGACUCUGUCAAAGUUGCUUCAAAUAUCUCCAAACUGCUGACACUGCUUCGCCUCCGCCUUCCCGCUCAACAACGAGAGGUUAGGUAACGCCACACUGUCGUAAAAAAGCAUUGGGGGCGUUACUGGAGUGCACGAGCUCGGUAUCUAUCGGUGCGUGUCUAAUGGAAUACAUGCAAAAUCCUGUUUGAUGGCUAGUUGUAGCUCAACUCUAAUUAAAAUUAAGAUACUAUCAUUCAUUUUCACAGUGAACUAUCAGUCAGUGCAAGAAUUUAAAUACUGCAGGCCUGCAAUUUGUACUUGACAUGAAAUGAAGGGACGAUUGCACCUGCAGACAUAUCAAAGUGCGACCAGUAAAUCGUAAAUCAUAAGUUGUCAUCUGUUUCGGUUUUACAAGAGUUACUGCAUUACAAACAGCCUUUUUUAUUACUUUUUCCUCCCCGUAGACAUGAAUAUGCUCUAAUUCUGUGUUAGAUGUUGGUAUUUGGAACAGUAUUAUCGGUCAAACCCAUACCAAAAAAACCAGUAUUUUAGUAGUUGGUUCCUUUUAAAAUUCGCAGUAACAACAGAUCUAGAAGACAGAUGUCUCAUUAGGGAUUUAAGUUUUUUUUGGGGUAAAUGUUCACACUUAAUAAAUAUAAACUGUUACAAUGCACUGUAGUUUAUAUUACCUCUCCAGAUUGUGUAGCUCCCUGUUAAAGUCUUCCAGUGACGAACCUGCAAAAUGACAUAAAAAAUAGAUUAGUGCUCUUUGCUCCUUGAGGUUUUUUUUUCUAAACUUGAGUGGAAAUACUCAAAAUACCUUGAAUGGGAUGAAUGUCAUCAGGUGUGGUACAAUAUGACAAACCUUCAGUUCCCCUCUCGAAUACAAUCCAUGACGUCACUGCCAUCACCUUCUGGAUCGUGGACCAGUACCUGUUUGGGAAUUUACUAGCAUGCUUCUACCAUACCAGAACUUUCAGACUGUUCGACCGAGAGAAAAGGACAAACUAUCACAGCAUAUUCUGCAUAUUCUGCAUAUUUCUGCAACGGAAUAAACAAAGUGACUAAUUUCUUGCAGCCAGUUUAUCAAUGAUGGUGCAGAAUCGUGUUCCCGGACAAAAGAACCUGCGUUAGGCUCCAAGAAAUGUCUUUGUAACUGGAUACAUGUAUAAGAUUAAAGGCUUGAUACUCUUCA